AUGGCGCAGCAGGCAGAGAGUGAUGCAGCAUUCCUGGACCGACUGUUGAAUGAUUCGCUGGCUAAUCCGGAAAACGUGUCCCUCCUGCGCACCUUGCUCGAGUCUCUGAACGACACCUCUCCAAGGGAUCGCGCACCGGUGAUCCAAGUGCACAGCCAGCGGCAGUGGGUGUUGCCAUGGUGGACGCAACUGGUGUACGCUUGCCUGUUCGGAUUCAUGGUUGCCACGGCAGUGGUUGGCAAUGCCGCAGUGGUCUGGAUUGUGCUCGCUCAUCGCACGAUGCGCACCGUCACCAACUACUUCCUGCUGAACCUGUCCCUCGCUGACGCUCUGACGGCCACGUUCAACGCCAUAUUUAACCUGGUCUACAUGCUGGAAAGCCAUUGGGCCUUCGGGGAAGGUUACUGCAUCUUCAACAACUUCGUUGCCAACUUGACUGUAGCCUCGUCCGCGUUCACGAUGGCAGCCAUGAGCAUCGACAGAUAUUUCGCCAUCGUGCACCCGUUGUGUGGUCGGCUGUCCCGAUGGCGUUCGGUUGCCAUCAUCGGGGCACUGUGGGGCUGCUCGGCGCUUCUGUCCCUUCCACCGCUGCUGUAUUCGCGCACCCGCUCGUACCAGUAUGCCGACGGCAGCGUGCGCACAGUCUGCCUGCUCGUCUGGCCCGACGGCCCUCUGUACGCCUCCUACGACGACUACUUAUACAACGUGGUAUUCUUGGUGCUGACUUACGGCGUUCCCGUGGCAACUUUGGCUCUCACCUACUGGCGCAUGAGUGUGGUGCUGUGGGGAGAUCAGUGCAUUGGCGAGUUCACCCUCCAGCAGGAGAACGCUCAUCGCGCCAAGCAGAAGGUGGUGAAGAUGCUGUUCACCGUGGUGUUCCUGUUCGCCGUGUGCUGGCUGCCAUACCACGCGUACUUCCUGUACGUGUCGCACAACCCGCACGUGGUCUACCUGGACCACAUCCAGCACGUGUACUUGGCAAUGUACUGGCUCGCAAUGUCACACGCCAUGUGUAACCCCAUCGUGUACUACUGCAUGAACAAAAGAUUCAAGGGAUACUUCCGCGCAUUCCUGUGCGGCCGCUGCUGGUCUAAGGAGGGAGCCGCUGACAAGCAGUGCGCCACCAGGAGCCCCCACGGGCAGCUGCGUUCUCUGCGCUACUCGUCAGCCAAGGCGACGCAGAGCUUCAAGCUCAACAGUUUUCCCACAAGGGCUGCCUCGGUGGACCGACGCCGGGUCACGUGCCGCAAUGGCGCGGCGGCACAGCCUUCGGGACUGGCCAUCAACGACGGAUGAAAACAAACACUUUGCCCCGCCG